CUAUGGUAGCUUGCAAGCUGUGUUACCUAUAGAUGUAGAUAAAUCCGCCCUCCCUAAACCACCUGGUUGACCAAAAAAAACAAACAACGUAUUUUAGAGCACGCUUAGUAUUUGUCACACACACACACAAACAACAUAACUAUAUAUACUACGUAUCUAUCAUGCCUAGUGUUUGUGACCUAAUUAGCGGCUUGACCGUAGGUACUCGACUGAUGGCUCCUCCCCCUUUCCCCUCAACAUUGUUCUUACUACAACUUGAACAAUGUUUUGGGGCUGUGUUGAUGGCCUGGUUUACACUUGUGUGUUACGCUAUCACUGACCAUUUUUUUUUUUUGUUGUGUGUUAGUCUGGUGGCUGCGUUUGGAUUGAGUCUUGAAAUUUACGUUGUUACUUUGCACUGAAAAAGUGUGAAUGUUGGAGAGUGGAAGCGCGGGUAAGGGGGUGUAGGCAGAAUAAGAGAGUGGUUAAAUGCGUUAUUGUUAUUAUUUUUGUGUAUUUGUGAUGUUUCAAAGGAGUGUCUUUGUAGCGCAUUAAUAUAUAUAUAUAUAUCUAUAUAUAUAAAUAAUUUUAUAGACCCGGCGCCACACGUCUAGAUCGAGAAGCACAACUGACUCUAUGUAUUUGAGGCUGACGUCACAUUCUAAUGGUCGAUCAAUUAUUGAUGAUCUCUGGAUACAGUGUCUUGACUGUUUCUCUCCCCCCCCCCCCCCCCGACCUUUUUUUUUUACCUGCCCAAGACAUUUUUAUUUCAAAAUACCAUAUCUGCAUUCUAUACCUCCCCCUUUGCCCUUUCGUUUUAUUAAUCUCUUCACAUCAAGCACAUGCGCUAGGUAUUGGUUUAUAACACAUUAUUCAGAAGUUAAUAGAAUGGGGCAAAUUCAGAAGUUAAUAGAAUGGGGCAAAUUCAGAAGUUAAUAGAAUGGGGCAUCUGAAAAAGAAACAACAACUGAAUACAUUCCACUGUGUAGCUCCCCGCAGUGAGGCAUUGAUACUAUUAGCAUCUAGCUAAAAUAUAUGUCAUAAAAUCAAGCUUUUAAAAUGGGUACAAUUAGUGCAUAUAUCGAUGUAAAUCUAUUUACUUAAAAAAAUAUAGCACAUUUACGGUAAACCACAAAUAACUGAUACAAAUUGUAACAUAUGAUUAAUUUAUAUCUGUACUUUGCAUUACAUUAUUUAAAAAAAUAACAAUUAAAAAAUAUAUAAUUUAAAUAUUUUGUCUUCUUUGGGUUAUAUCCCUUUGAUGUUUAUUUUUAACAUUAAAAUGGCGUUCGAUAUCUUACGAAGCUGAGAUUGCUUAUAUAAAAACUGCUAUUAUCGAACACCCCCUUUUUAAACCUCAAUUUUCAUGUUUAGGUAACAAAGGACACUUUCAAAUAAAUAGUUGUAAAUAUUUCUCAGCCUAAUUAGAAGCGUAUUAUAUAGUUUUUUUGAGCUGAAGCAUCAUUAGCAUUAAAAAAUACCCUUAACCCGAGACUCACUCCACUCUUCCCAAGAGUUCAAAAAAUGUGAAAUUUUUAUACCAAUAUUACCAAUGCACUUUGAAUAUAAGUAAAAAAAUGAUCCUCGGGUGAAAAUGAAACUAAUUAUAACUUAACUAUAAAGAAAUGGACGAUGCACAAUAAGAAUGGACUAGUUUCUUUAUAAUCAUCGAAAUAAAGGUGAAUUUUAAAAAAUACAAUGGGGUGUUCGAUAAGUACCUUAAAACGAAGGUGUUCGAUAGAUGAUCUCCACGUCUGAAUAUAAAUCAAGAACAGAUCAGUAAGAGAAGAUAGAUCUAGAAUGAAAACUGAGGAUGAAGAUGACUUGGAUUUUGAUCAUUCAAUAGUUGCUAAUGUAAAAGAAAUAGAACAAGUUGAGUAUUUGUUAUCUCAAGUAUGCAGCAACUUCACCAGUGUUAGAAAAGAUUGGGCAGAGCUUGAAACCACUUUAGAUAAAUAUAUGAAUUUAGAGGUACUCAACAAAAGUGAAGUCAUCAUUCAGAAAGUCUGUUUACAAAACAUUGUUAAUGAGGCUGAAAAAAUCAAAACACUUUUUUUAACAAUCUUUGCACAGAAUGAGAAAUUGGCAUCUGCAAGAAUACAAAAUCUUGAAUCGGAGUUAUGUAAAGUUCUAAGUGAAAGGACUGAAAUCCAAGCUGAUGUGAUACAUUGGAAGUCUCAGCUCGACUUGGCUGUGAAGGAUGUGCAAAAAGAGAAACAGGAACAAGUCCAUCUUAGAUCAGAGUUAAAGGAAUUAACAGACAAACUUUCUGAACAAUCAGAGUUUUGUUGUUCUCUAGGAGCUGCAUGCUGCACUCUAUUGUGGAAAAUUUCUCGUCAAGAAUCUGCCAUUGAAACUUUGGUUUCUGGAUGUAAAAACUCUGAAUUUUUAAAGUUAACAUGUAUAGCUGUCCAAGGUUAUCUUGCAGCUUACAGAACCAGUGAUUGGCCUCAUCAUAACACAGAUGAAGCUAAGUUCAUUUUAUCAAUUUGUGGUAUCAUUACAAAUGUAGCUGCUUCAUCACAAGGCCGAGAGUAUUUAGCGUCCUGUCAAGAAGGAUGUGAAGUGAUGAAUACUUUUAUAAGUUUUAUUGGUAAAGCUCCCAAUGGUAAAAGUGCUCAAAUUAAAAUCCUAAUGUUGAUGAGUCUGUACAACUUCAGUAUCAAUUCUAAGGGAAUCAAAUUUCUGUGUUCCAAAAGGGAUUUAAUCCCAUUGCUUGCCAAACAUUUCAAAGAAGAGAAAGAUGCAGAAAAUCAAUUGCGUACCCUUAAACUUGUGCAGUCUCUGGUUUGUGAUGAAACGUGUGCUUCAGUCUGUAUUUCUGAGCUGUUACAAUAUCUACCCAAAAGUCAACUGCAGCAGAUGAGUAAGAGCUCAACUCCAGAUAUCCAGAUUGUAAGCCUAGAGAUUUUAUCUGAAGUAGCUGCUUGUAAAACCUCCACUGAUACUCAUAAGUCAUGAUGUAGGUCCUUUGGCAGUCUUUAUAAUCAAUGGCCUAAUUUUUUUAGUGCAGAUUUUAUGUAUUUCUUUUCUUUUCUAGAAAAUCCAAUAUGUUUUUGUUAAUUAUUAUAGACUGAUGCACUUUGAAUUAAAUUGUGUGAAUUGAA